AUGCCAAACCGUAAUGAGGAUUUCUCUCUCAAAGAGACCUCGCCGAACAUCGCCAGUGGAAGAUUCUCCAGGGAUAGGGUCACGACGGCCUUUGACCUCGUCGAGCAGAUGCAGUACCUCUAUGUAAGAGUGGUCAAGGCUAGGGAAUUGCCUCCCAUGGAUGGUGGUUCUGGUUGUUGUGACCCUUAUGUUGAAGUCAAGCUUGGGAACUAUAGGGGUAUGACCAAACAGAUUGAGAAUUUGUUGAACCCUCAAUGGAACCAAGUGUUUGCUUUUUCGAAAGACCGAAUUCAGACCUCGGUUCUUGAGGUUAAUGCGUGGGAUAGGGCUGCAUUUGUUGGGAGAGUGCUGUUUGAACUCAUUGAGGUUCCGAAAAGGGUUCCUCCGGAUAGCCCCUUGGCGCCCGAAUGGCAAAGAUUGGAGAAUGUAAGGGGGGAGAAGGUUAGAGGGGAGUUGAUGCUAUCUGUUUGGAUGGGGACACAAGCUGAUGAAGCAUUCCCUGAAGCUUGGCAUUUGGAUGCUACAACGGUUUCCGGCGAUGGCAUUGCGAAUAUUCGAUCAAAGGUCUAUCUCUCACCCAAGCUUUGGUAUCUUAGAGUUAAUGUGAUUGAGGUUCAGGAUUUGCAGCCUACCGAUAGGAAUAGGUCCCCUGAAGUUUUUGUUAAGGUUGUGUUUGGGAAUAUGGGUUUGAGGACUAAGAAUUGUCAAAAUAAGAAUGUGAAUCCAAUGUGGAAUGAGGAUUUGAUGUUUGUAGCUGCAGAGCCUUUUGAACAAGUGCUGGUUGUGAGUGUGGAGAAUAAAGUGGCCCCCAAUAAGGAUGAAGUUCUCGGGAGGUGUGUUAUUCCGGUACAGACUGUGGAGAAGAGGUUUGAUUACAAGCCUGUGAAUAGUAGGUGGCACAAUCUUGAGCAUCAUGUGGUAGGAGAGAAUGGAGAGAGGAGGGAGAUAAAGUUAGCUAGUAAACUUCAUUUGAGGGUGUGUCUUGAUGGUGGGUACCAUGUUUUCGAUGAAUCGACUCACCACAGUAGUGAUUUUAGGGCAUCGAUGAAGCGAUUGUGGAGGCCGAGCAUUGGGGUACUCGAAUUGGGGAUUUUGAGUGCUCAAGGGUUGUUGCCAAUGAAGAUGAAGGAUGGCAGGCCAGCUACAGAUGCUUAUUGUGUGGCGAAAUAUGGUCCGAAAUGGAUUCGAACAAGGACAAUCAUAGAUAGUUUUAAUCCCAAAUGGAAUGAGCAAUAUACUUGGGAGGUUUUUGAUCCCUGCACUGUCAUUACUAUUGGUGUGUUUGAUAACUGUCAUUUACAAGGGGUAGAUAUUAUGGGCAAUGGAGCAAAAGAUGCUCGAAUUGGGAAGGUGAGAAUUCGGCUUUCUACACUUGAAACUGAUCGGGUUUAUACACAUUCGUAUCCACUGAUAGUCUUGCAUCCUUCUGGUGUGAAGAAAAUCGGAGAAAUUCAACUGGCUGUGAGGUUUUGUUGUGCAUCUUUGCUCAAUAUGCUCCACAUGUAUUCACAGCCUAUAUGGCCAAAAAUGCACUAUCUUCACCCACUAUCUAUUCGUCAGAUUAACGAUUUAAGAUACCAGGCUACACAGAUUGUCUCUGUGAGACUCAGCCGUGCAGAGCCACCAUUGAGGAAAGAAGCUGUCGAGUUUAUGCUUGAUGUGGGGUCACAUUUGUGGAGCGUGCGACGAAGCAAAGCUAACGUUUACCGAAUUUCAGGGGUUCUGUCUGGCUUGACUGCAGUCUGCAGAUGGUUUGAUUACAUUUGCUCUUGGAAGAACCCUUUUACAACAGUACUUGUUCACAUUAUGUUCUUGAUAUUGGUUAUUUACCCACAGCUGAUUUUAAGCACCGUCUUUCUCUACCUCUUACUCAUUGGGAUUUGGAACUACCGGUGGAGGCCAAGACAUCCUCCUCACAUGGACACAAAACUGUCUUAUGCUGAGGCAGCGCUUGCUGAUGAAUUGGAUGAGGAAUUCGACACUUUUCCAACUAGUCGGCAAGCUACUGUCAUAAGAAUGAGGUAUGACCGGUUGAGAAAUAUUGCCUCCCAGAUUCAAACUGUGCUUGGUGACUUGGCAACUCAAUGUGAGAAAUUCCACAGUCUGAUAAGUUGGCGAGAUCCCAGAGCCACAAUGCUGUUUUUGACCUUCUGUUUGGUUGCUGCUGUCGUGCUUUUUGUCAUUCCGUUCCAAGUUCUCAUUCUUCUCGCGGGCUUUUAUGUGCUAAGGCAUCCAAGAUUCCGCUAUAAGCUUCCUUCAGUGCCCAUAAACUUCUUCAGGAGGUUGCCUGCAAGAACAGACAGCUUACUGUGA